AUGCCUAGUACUCCCAUCGACUACAAAGAUAUACAUAGAGCCUUGAAUUCAAACUCCUUGACUACCAACUCCAAUGGCUGCAUAAUAUCGACGCCUUUUGGCCUCUCUCUUCUAGAAAUCCAAGGCGAACUAAAUCUUCCAGAAUCAGCCCCCACAGAGACCGAGGGCCUAGAUCCAGACUACGUACGCAACUUUGCUAAGGUGGAUGAUAUCUACGAGGCUGUGAAGUUUGGGCGGUUGGAAUUCGACGAGAAGGAUCCACAAAAGGCCGUUUUGUUCAUUGGCAAAUCCCAAAGACUUCUAGGUUCAGUUGUGACUUUGAAAGAUCCGCUAGGUGUCCUCCGAGUUCCUACGGGGGACAAUCCAACACAGAACAUGAAGUUUGUUGACCUCGUAUACAAGAAAAUCAUCUUCAAACAGAGACCGCUUCCGAUCAUGUAG